AUUCCAUAUAUCACUAUAUGUCAUAACUCAUCACAGCACCGCAACUACUGAAACCAGAAGCAUCAAAUAUUAUUAAUCAUGUCAAGCACUACUACUGAAACCACCAGUAGUACUAGCAGUUUGCCCUACGAAGAAUGCCGGGGCGUUCUUCGUGUGUACAGCGACGGCUCCAUCGUCCGUUCCUCCAAGCCAAGCUUCGACGUCCCUGUCCACGACGACGGCUCCGUCGCCUGGAAGGACGUAGUGUUCGACCACACUAACCAGCUUCAGCUCCGCCUCUACAAGCCGGCGGCUUCCAAAUCCAAGCUACCAAUAUUCUACUACAUCCACGGCGGUGGCUUCUGCAUAGGUUCACGCGCCUGGCCCAACUGCCAGAACUACUGUUUCCAGCUCGCUCUCAGCCUCCAAGCAGUUAUUGUCUCGCCGGACUACCGCCUGGCUCCCGAACACCGCCUCCCGGCUGCUAUUGACGACGGUUUCGCCGCCGUUAAGUGGCUUCAAGCCCAAGCCUUGUCGUCGGAGGACACUUGGUUGACUGACGUGGCUGACUUUGGUAACGUGUUCAUUUCUGGUGACUCGGCCGGCGGCAACAUUGCUCAUAAUUUGGCGGUUCAACUCGGGGCCGGUUCGCCUGAGCUGGCUCCGGUUCGGGUCAAGGGUUAUGUGCUCUUGGCUCCCUUCUUUGGUGGAACCAUUCUGAGCAAGUCAGAAGCUGAAGGACCCAAAGAAGCAUUCCUCAAUUGGGAGCUCAUUGACAGGUUUUGGAGGCUAUCGAUACCAGUGGGUGAGAACACUGAUCACCCACUUGUGAACCCGUUCGGGCCAUUUAGUCGGAGCCUUGAAGAAGUGCCGUUUGAUCCGAUCUUAGUGGUAGUUGGGGGAAGUGAUCUCUUGAAAGACAGAGCUGCGGACUAUGCAAAUAGGCUGAAAAAUUGGGGGAACAAGAUUGAGUAUGUCGAAUUUGAAGGAAAGCAACACGGCUUCUUCACUAUAGAUCCUGAUUCCGAAGCUUCGAAAGCACUCAUGCUAAUUGUCAAACGCUUCAUUACUGAAAAUUCAAGCUGAAACAGGGGGCGGGUAUUGCAGUUAUUUCUUGAUAUGCUUGCAGCUUAUGAAAAUUAGUGUGUUAUGUCUGAUGUGUUUAUUUUCAUAUAUGUCUUCUAUUGGCACUAGCUGGUGAAGUGUUGAACAUACAAAACUAGCAAGAAGUGUUUGAAUAAGAUAGAUAGAAAUGUUUUCAUGGGAAGUUUACUGUUCAGAUCAUAUAUUUCAUGGCUUCUUUAGCAAAAUUACUAGAGUUUAUACCCGCGCCUUGGCGCGAUGUAUAUUUAUAAAACUAGUUAAUGAUUCAGUUGAUUGAUGGAAAUGUUUUUAAUAUGUACUUCAUAGAACUU